AUGACUUCGAUAGUCGACCAACCCCCUCGUGCACCCCCCAUCAAAAAGAAAAGGCUGCCGCAGGUCACGGCGCCUUCGAGUUUCCCGAAGAUCCAAGAUAUAUCGGUCCAGUGGAUCAUCGGCGAGUGCGUCGGCAAAGGUGCAAGUGGUCGCGUCCGCAUCGCAAAGCACCGUCGUACCGGCCAACUCGCCGCAGUCAAAAUUCUUCCCCUUCAACCACUAGUCAACUCCCGUGCUUCCCUUGCCACACAGCAGGCAAAAUCAGAAAAGCAGCGGUUGGGUAUCGAUAGAGAAAUUAUCAUGAUGAAGCUCAUGAACCACCCAAACAUCCUCCGUAUCUACGAUGUAUUUGAAGGCGAGAAGGAACUUUACCUCGUCCUCGAGUACGUAGAAGGUGGCGAGCUCUUUGACUUUCUUGUCAACCGCGGAAGGCUCCCUCCUCUAGAGGCUCUCUCCUUUUUCAAGCAAAUUGUCUAUGGACUUAACUAUGCUCACACUUUCUCUAUCAUUCAUCGUGAUCUUAAACCCGAAAAUAUCCUGAUUCACUCACUAAAACCGCCACUCAUUAAACUGGCCGAUUGGGGCAUGGCCGCCUUUGCCCCUCCUGCCCUACAGCUCGAGACUAGUUGUGGAAGUCCUCACUACGCAAGCCCAGAGAUUGUCAACGGUCUGAAAUACAGAGGCAAUGCCACUGAUAUCUGGAGCUGCGGCGUUAUCCUCUUCGCGUUACUUACCGGCAGGCUUCCAUUUGACGACAAGAAUGUCAGGAUUCUUCUUUCUAAAGUGAAGGCGGGCAAGUACGAUAUUCCAGCCUACAUCGAUCCUCAGGCAAAAGACCUCUUAACUCGCAUGUUGGUAGUAGAUGUUAACCGUCGUAUUACGAUUCCCGAGAUAAUGGCUCACCCCUGGUUCAACAAACCAACUCCGGGAUUACAUGGCGACAUCGAAAUGAUCAAAGCCGACCUUUUGAGCUCACCAGGCGAAGGCACAUUGGCUAAGGCAUUCUAUUUCUUGUUGCAACACUACCGCGAGCAAACUUUGAAGGAUCAUGGUAUUAUUCUCGAUGUAGGCGAGACGCCUGUGUCUCCUGGCAUGAAGGUUAUUACAAAACAAUACAUGUCCCCCCCUCCAAAGAGAAGCGUCGAUGCAGAUGCGCAUUCUUUACGUCUACAGAGUAUUCGGGAUGCGCCUCCCCCUCCGUCCCGCACACCAUCGCCACAGCAAGCUGGUCUGGCGUCUCCUUUCGUUGACGGAGCUUUGCGAGCCCGACCCCCGUCCCCGAUCGGACCCAGGCCACCUCGUGUCCGACCUAUGUCCUCCCCGGCCCGACCAGCACAGUUAUCACGCUCACAACCAGCAAUGUUCCAACCUCUGACCGUUCCAAGCACACCGCCAAUGGGGUCUCGUUUUCCUGGCGCUCCUGCACACCCCGUCCUCAAUCCUUGUAUUAUCCGAGCUCCUAUUCCAGUCUCCGCUGUUGCGAACGAACAAGUUUCAGCAAACUCGAUAGAAGUCGAUAUGCAGCCUGCGACGGGCUCUGAUCCGGAUUGGGUGAACGUUCUUUCUGCGUGGCACACUGUGGCGCAGGGGCACAAUCAGGAGCAGGCUUUCCAUUCUCCGACUCGAGGAUACAGCGAGACAUUUGUUAACCGUCAUGGAUAUGCCCCGUUGAAUGGCCCUAUGGUCGAUUAUGAGUAUGACCGAUUCUCCAGUGGAGCCAAUAAGGAGAAUCACGACCAUCAUAACUUCCGACAGCCUUACCGGGAGGGCAGCGAUAUCAUGCAGGCACGUGGUGGGCUGUUUGGUGGUAGGCUCAACGAGGGACGCGUCGGUCGCGAGUUGCGCAAUAGUGUCUAUGGUGCUCGUGAGGUUAUGAAAGAAAAGGACAAAAGGCACGACGUAAGGAUUUUCUUUUCUCUGUUGCACUUAAAUAUUAACAUCUUACCAGCCCCCGCGCUUGAUUUGCACCCACAAGUUCACCCAUCCAAGCGUUCCAUCCUCGGCUCGCCACUCCAGAUCCCCUCACCCGUCAUGCCCUCUAUCCUCGCCUCCCCUGUUGGCGAAGUCAAAGGCUGGUUUUCCAACCUCUUCAACUGGAAAGCACACACCUACGUGCUCUGUUCGACGGAUACGUUGUACGCCACGCGCAAUGAGGCUGUUCGCAUUCUCGAGCACUUUGGCGUCAUCGUGGGCCUUGAGGAGACGGAUGGGCAUGGGGUUCUCCGAUGUCGUAUGAACGACCUCAUGGACACAAUGUCAGGAUCGGUCAUACAGAAACCAGUUCGGUUCCGUGUCGAGUUCUCCUCGUCAUCUUCGUCCUCGUCGUCUCCACGGUCCCCCACCCCUGCUAGUCCACGAUUACCCAUGUAUCAUGCUUCAGGACCGAUGUCGCCUACGUUUCGAUACGGGUUUGGGAAGCCGUCGUUAGGGAGCGGAUUCACCUGCGCGAUCCUGCUUGUGCAAGAGAAGGGGUCGUUGUCUAGUUUUAGGAUGGUGUGUAGGCGGCUGAGGGAGGAGUGGGCGUUGGAUGCUUUGCAGUCACCUGUUGCUAUGACUGGGGCGUUUACGGAGCGGCUUGUGGUGUGA